CUCAAGCCAUACACCCAUGGUCUACUACAUUCGAUUCUUGAAGACCCCCCGGGUCCAGAAGCAGAAAACCGGCGCCCUCAGCGUAUCGGCCCUCAUCUGCAUCACCACGGACCUAGGCGACGCUUUCCUAGCCGAGGAUGUGGAUCUCCUGGUAUCAUUGAACGCUUCCAAUGCUGAUCAAGUGUUGUACCAAGAACGCGUGAAAUGGACAGCCAGCAAGCGGGAAGUCCCCAUCGCACUGGGCCCAUUCCCACCGCAUCUAUCCAAACACGCCUUAGUCCUCAGUGUCUCCGCGCCAACGGACUCGCGCAAACCUCGCGCCCCCUUCGCAGACACCCUGCUCCCUAGCCAGCAGCAUGCUGCUCCGCUAGUCAUCUCAGGCUGGAGCGCACCAUUCGGCGGGGCUGAGUCGCCCGUAGCCGAAAAGCUCGUAGAGCGACGAUUCGGCCCGCAGGAUCUCCGGAUCUGGGAGGAGACCGGCAACAGCAUAGCGCGACACAUCUGGGACGCAGCUCUGGCAUCCGUGACCUACGUCCAGCAGCUUGCAACCGCAGUGCCAACAACAAAAACUGAAGCCGCACCACAACCACCCGUGUUGCGCGAUCUCCUGAAGAACAGCCAAAACCGCAGCGCCACCAACCCGCUCCACGCCGUGGAACUCGGCUCCGGCUGCGGCAUCGUAGGCAUUUCGCUAGCCCAGACGCUCCCCAACUGCAACGUGGUGCUCACCGACCUCCCGGAGGUCGAAGACAUCGUAACGCAGAACAUCUCCGUGGCGCAGCCCGCGCCCUCCUCAAAGGUCACGUUUCACACCCUAGACUGGGACGACGAGGACCUCCCAGAGGAGGUGACGAACGGGGGCGCAAUCGACCUCGUCCUCGUCUCGGACUGCACGUACAACGCAGACAGCCUGCCGGCGCUGGUGUCCGUUCUAGACCGCCUCGUGCGGGCGUCGCCGGACGUGCUUGUUCUUGUGGCUCUCAAGCGUCGACAUGAGAGCGAGGAAGCGUUUUUUGACCUAAUGCGUGGUGCCGGGCUCUGUAGUUUGCAUCGUCAUUGUAUGCGGCUUCCGGCGCAGCAUGGUCUGUCGGAUCAGAUUGAGAUUUAUUGCUAUGCGCGGGCGGAUUGGCAUUAGGAGAUGUGACGUCUGCAGUGUACUUAUAUAACACUCUUGGGUCUGUUUGUUUCUUUGUACUAUACCCCCAUGAAACCACGAUGGUCGUCUACGAUACUCAAUUUCUUAUCGAGGAAUGCUGCC